AUGGCGGUCGCCGAACAGCUAGAUCCGCCACUGGCUCGUAAGAGAUCAACGGAUCCUUCAUCAGGAACGGUGUCGGGUUCGACGAUCGUAUCCGAAAAUGUGAUUCGUGUCAAGGAAUCAACUGGAACAGUAUCGGAAGCGGAUGGUCGGAUACGAAAUGUGUUAUUUUACAUGGAUCUGAAUAAUAAACCUAAAAAAAUUACAUACUUCACAGUGAUUGAUAGUUGCUUAAAAGAUAUGUCAUCGGUUGUGUGUGUUUUUGAACAUGUUCUUGAUAAAAUCAAAAGAGAUGUACCAAAUUUAACCGCUUUGUACACGCGCAGUGAUAAUGCCGGUUGCUAUUCGGGAACAGCGGUUAUCAUGGCUCGCCAGAUGAUAUGCUUAGGUGCUGACUUUGGACUGAAACGAACGGAUUUUAGCGAACCUCAACGGGGAAAGGAUCGAGCUGGUCGUGAUAUUUGUGACGAUUUUUGA